AUGGAGGAGGUGAAGGAGUUUCAGAGCUUCUGCGAUCGACGGACAGCUGCAGUGGCGAAGCGCCUGCAGGAGUGGCAAGAGAUGCGGUCCUUGCAGAAGGAAAUCCUUCAUGCCGAAUGCGAGUCGCAAGUCAUGGAGCGGGACCUCGCCCAGUGCCGCUCCGAACUCGCCAGCUGUGAGAGCCGCUGCGCCGUUCUACGCUCUGCACAGCAGAGCAAAGCGCUGCUGACGAGUCGCCUCGUCGCUGCGGCUGCGGAGGCCUUGCCACCCAGCCCGGGCCUGGAUAAUCUCAAGGCUCGCUUCACAGCCGACGGCGUCCUCGGCGAUCCGGUAGAGGCUCUGUCGGAGCUGAAGAAGGAGCUCGAUCUCGGCUUUCUGAAUGCCGCCGUGGUGGCAGGCGAGGAGGAGACGGCCGCACUUCGCGCGGCGGAGGUGGCCGCCGCCUCCUUGGCCGCCGCCCGCUGGGCCGAGGAAGAAGCCGAAGCAGCAGGUGAGCUGACAGACCUUGAAGCCCGCCAGGCCCGCCUCUCCGGAGAGCUACGACGCCGACGGGAGGAGCAUCGACGCCGUUCGGCGCAGCGGACGAGGCGAAAGGCAGAGCUGCAGCAGGAGGCAGAGCAUCAGGAGGAGCUCCUGAGCCGUGCGACCGAAGCCGCGCAGAGCGAGCGAGCAGCCGCGGCGCGUCUCUCCGAGGAGCUCAGGCAGGCGCAACAGCCCCCCGAUGCUGCUGCCAUCGCCGCAGCAGUGGAGGAUGCCACGGGUCACCUUCGCAGUCAGCUUCACACGCUUUUGGCCGAGGUUGCCAGGCUGCAGCAGCGUUUCGCCAGCCAGGCAGAGACCAUUGAGGAGGCCUCCCGCGAGUCCGAGCACCGAAGCCUCGCGGCUGCAGAGUCCGAGGCCGCCUCGGAGACGUUGGCCCUGGAGGGCGAGGUUCGUGCAGCCCGGGCCCACGUGGUAGCUGCGGAGCUCGCCGAGGAGUCGGCAGCGAG